AUGCCAGAAGACUGCUCGAUGCCUCUCGGCUACAGUCUCUUCCGCCACCCAACCAUCGAGCGCCUUAACGGAGUCCCGCCGAUCACCACCGCCCCGCUCGAGUUGUACAUCGCACUCGACCCUCGCGACCUGGAGCAAGAUGGCCAGCCCUGCAUCUAUGAGCAGCUGGAGGAUGAGGCUGAAGCCCCAACCGACGAAUACGACUUCGUCAGCGGACAAAAGAGGGUGCCCAGCAAACCAACAGGAACUGAGACUUGGUCGUUACCUGAAGAGGCGCAUUCCGUUUGUCUCUGA